CCCGGCGUCGAGGCAGGGGCGGGGCAGGGAGGCUGCGGUUCCUCGACGCCGCCGCGCGUUGCUCUCGUUCCGCCUGCGCACCGCGACGCCGGGGGUCCCGUGGGCGCUCUCGCAGCGGCCAUCUCCCCCUCUCCUUGCCUCGUCACAGCUCGGUCUCUUCAGAAGGUCUGGAGAGCGGAGGCACGGCCGUGGAGCCCGGGAAAACUGAGAUGGAGCGGAGGCCACGGAGGGGGUCGCGGGGCGGCGGCGCGCGCUCGGCGUCCCGGCUGGUCCCGGCGUCCCGGCCCGCGGAGCCGCGGGGUGCGAAGCUCUGGCUCUUCCCCAGCGCCGACCCGCUCCGCAGCGCGCUGUCCCGGAGGACCGAGGCGACGCGCCAGAUGUGCUGCACGCGCGAACGCCUGGCUGUGCUGGAGCGCGGCGGCGCCGGCGUCGAGGUCCACCAGCUGCCGGCGGGGAGCGACGGCGCCAGGAAGCCGAAGUGCAUUAAGUUAGGGAAAAAAAUGAAGAUACAUUCCAUGGACCAAGGCGCAGAGCACAUGCUGGUUCUCUCCUCAGAUGGAAAACCAUUUGAGUACAACUAUAGCAUAACACAUGCAAGGUUUCAGUGCAUUUUACAAGAAAAAAAUAUAAUUCAGAUCACAUGUGGAGAUUAUCAUUCGCUUGCACUCUCAAAAGGUGGUGAGCUUUUUGCGUGGGGACAGAACUUACACGGCCAGCUUGGAGUUGGAAGAACAUGUGCCUCGAUCCCAACACCGCAGAUCGUGGAGCACCUCUCAGGAGUCCCCUUGGUUCAGAUUUCUGCAGGAGAAGCCCACAGCAUGGCCUUAUCCAUGUCGGGAAACAUUUACUCAUGGGGAAGAAAUGAUUGUGGACAGCUGGGCCUGGGCCACACCGACAAUAAAGCUUCUCCUUCCCUCAUUGAAGUGCUGGCCAACCAGAAAGUUGAAUUUCUUGCUUGUGGUGGCUCUCACACUGCCCUGCUCACAAAGGAUGGGCUGGUGUUUACUUUCGGUGCUGGAAAAUAUGGGCAACUCGGUCACAAUUCAACACAGAAUGAGUUAAGACCCUGUUUGGUAACUGGACUCGUUGGGAAUAGAGUGACCCAGAUAGCAUGUGGGAGGCAGCACACACUUGCCUAUGUUUCUGAUGUGGGGAAGGUCUUUUCUUUUGGUUCUGGAAAAGAAGGACAACUGGGAAAUGGAACACGUAAUCAACUGAUACCACGUCCCAUGAGAUUGCCAUCAAACGAAGAACUCACGUUUGAAAGCCAUAACUCAGAAAAGGAGUUAAUAAUGAUUGCUGGAGGAGAUCAAAGCAUUUUGCUUUGGGUGGAAAAAGAGAAUUCCUACGUUAAUCUGAGGAGGAAAAUUCCUACCUUGAAUGAAGGCACUGUAAAGAGAUGGAUUGCUGACGUGGGGACUAAACAGUGGCAGAAUACAAAAAGGGAAAUCAGAGAGAUAUUUUCAUCUCCUGCAUGUCUGGCUGGAAGUUUUUUAAGGGAAAGAAUAGCUGGAGAAACGAUGUCUAUUCAUUUGGACUUAAAUACAGCAAGGGACACCUUUAAGGAGUUAACCCAAAAGGACUGGAUUACUAACAUGAUAACCACAUGUCUCAAGGAUACUCUGUUCAAGAAUCUUCCAUUUCAUUCUCCACAUCAAGAAGCUUUAGAAGUUUUCUUCCUUCUCCCAGAAUGUCCUGUGAUGCAUGAUUAUAACAACUGGGAGAGCCUGGUGGUUCCGUUUGCAGAGGCUGUUUACAAAAUGCGUGGCCAGUCGUCAGAGGUUCUGGAGGAAUAUUGGGCAUCUCUGCAAGAAUCUGCUUUCAUCAGACUGGUCCAGAUGUUUAAAACAGCCGUCAUUGCGCAACUGAAUUAUUGGGCUGGAACUACUGAGAAUAACUAUCACAUUAAAACUCUCCUAGAAAUGUUGAAAAAGCUGCACAGGGUAAACCAGACUAAAUGUCAGCUGCCUGAAAAUAUCUUCAAAGUAAAUGAACUCACACACUUGCUUGAUUUUUGUGAAGAUGCAUACAGAAGGCUCAUCUGGAAAAGGAACACAGACACUUCACUGGACAUCCACUGUCCUGUCAUAUUCAGUCAUUUUCCAUUUAUCUUUAAUAUUCUGUCGAAAGUUAAACUACUGUAUGCAGACUCGUGUUUAAAAAAACAGGAGAAAAAAUUGCGAGCUUAUGUGAGGUUGGCUGGCUUUGUGGAACAAGAAGGGUCUGAGUUUGCUUUACUGCCCACCUUUAAUCUAAGAGUCAGAAGGAAUUACUUGAUUGAGGAUGUUUUGAAUCAGCUAAAUAAGUUUGAGAAUGAAGAUUUGAGGAAGGAGUUACUGGUUUCAUUUAGUGGAGAAAUUGGAUAUGACUAUGGAGGAGUCAGAGCAGAGUUUUUCGAUUGUCUCUUUGAAGAAAUGACCCGGCCAGAAUAUGGGAUGUUCACAUAUCCUGAAGAGGCUUCCUACAUGUGGUUUCCUGUCAAGCCUAAAUUUGAGAAGAAGAGAUAUUUCUUCUUUGGGGUUCUGUGUGGUCUCUGCCUAUUCAGUUGCAAUGUUGCCAACAUCCCUUUCCCACUGGCUCUGUUUAAGAAACUUUUGGACCAAGCGCCAUCAUUAGAAGACUUGAAAGAACUCAGUCCUGUUUUGGGAAAGAGUUUGCAGACACUUCUGGAUGAUGAAGGCGAUGACUUUGGAGAAGUAUUUGACAUCCAUUUUAAUGUGCAUUGGGACAAAAAUGAUGUAGACUUAAUUCCUAAUGGAAGUCACAUAACUGUCGACCAGACUAACAAGAGAGACUAUGUUUCUAAGUAUGUCAGUUACAUCUUCAACAUCUCUGUAAAGGCAGUUUAUGAAGAGUUUCAAAGAGGAUUUUACAAAGUGUGUGACAAGGAGAUUAUUGAAUUUUUCCAUCCUGAAGAACUCAAGGAUGUGAUUAUUGGAAAUACAGAUUAUGACUGGGAAACAUUUGAAAAGAAUGCACGUUACGAACAAGGAUACGACAGUUCACAUCCCACCAUAGUGAUGUUUUGGAAGGCUUUACACAAACUGACUUUGGAGGAAAAGAAAAAAUUCCUUGUGUUUCUUACAGGAACGGACAGAAUUCAAGUAAAAGGUUUAAAGAACAUGAAAAUAACAUUUUGCUGUCCUGAAAAUUUGAAUGAGAGAGAUCCCAUAAAGGCACAGACGUGUUUUAGUGUCCUUUACCUCCCUAAAUAUUCUACAAUGGAGAGAGUAGAAGAAGCGCUUCAAGUAGCCAUCAACAGCAACAGAGGGUUUGGCUGACUCUACCCCUCACUGUUCCCCCCUUUCGGGAAGUAUUUUCAAAAAUAAAAUUAACUCAGAAAUUAACAUACAA